UCAUGAUGAAGAUUCCGUGUCUCGUUCACUUCUUUGGUAGGUCUCUUCGAGAAAGGAUCUUGUAUUUGCAAAUUAGUUCCCAAGUUGUACAAUUUAUUAGUGUUCCGUAUUUUUUCUAUAUUUCAACGGUAGAAAACUGCAAAGAAAAAGAAGAUGAGUUCAAGCCGAUAGGCGUUCACGCAUAGCCACGUUAGCGGCGAAUACGGAGCAAAAUGUAUUUAUACAAUUUCAUCCUACAACGUGCCACCGGCAUCACCCAUGCGGUGCAUGGCUGUUUCGCCGGAACUAAGCAGCAGGAGAUUUUACUCUCAAAGGGUAAAAGCUUAGAGUUGGUCCGACCGGAUCCAAACACCGGCAAGGUGCACACGUUGCUGCAGACGGAAAUUUUCGGUGUCGUGCGUUCGCUGAUGUCCUUCCGGUUGACGGGAGGAACUAAAGAUUAUGCCGUUGUCGGAUCUGAUUCGGGCCGUAUCGUUAUACUGGAGUAUAAUCCAACGAAAAAUCUGCUGGAAAAGGUUCAUCAGGAGACGUUCGGCAAGUCGGGAUGCCGACGAAUUGUGCCAGGGCAGUUUUUGGCGAUAGACCCAAAGGGUCGUGCUGUGAUGAUUGGUGCAGUCGAGAAGCAGAAGCUGGUCUACAUUCUGAAUCGUGAUUCGGAAGCGCGAUUAACUAUUUCUUCCCCACUGGAGGCACACAAGUCGAGUACUCUAACCUAUCACAUGGUUGGAGUUGAUGUUGGUUUUGAAAAUCCGAUGUUUGCUUGUUUGGAAAUCGAUUACGAAGAGGCAGAUUUGGAUCCCACAGGAGAAGCAGCCGCAAAAACGCAGCAAACCUUAACGUUUUAUGAGUUGGAUCUUGGACUGAAUCAUGUCGUUCGGAAGUACUCGGAACCGUUGGAAGAACACGCUAACUUUUUGAUAUCGGUGCCUGGAGGUAAUGACGGACCCUCGGGUGUACUGAUCUGCUCGGAAAAUUACUUGACUUAUAAAAAUCUUGGUGAUCAGCACGAUAUCCGCUGUCCGAUUCCUAGGAGGCGAAACGAUUUGGAUGAUCCCGAGAGAGGAAUGAUCUUCAUCUGCUCGGCAACGCACCGAACCAAAUCAAUGUACUUUUUCUUGGUUCAAACUGAACAGGGCGAUAUAUUCAAAGUUACGUUGGAAACCGAUGACGAUGUUGUUUCGGAGAUAAAAUUGAAAUACUUCGAUACGGUUCCUCCUGCGACCGCGAUGUGCGUGUUGAAAACGGGUUUCCUGUUCGUGGCUUGUGAUUUUGGCAAUCACUAUCUGUAUCAAAUCGCCCACCUUGGAGACGAUGACGAUGAGCCUGAGUUCAGUUCGGCAAUGCCUCUGGAGGAAGGCGACACUUUCUUCUUUGCUCCACGACCACUCAAAAAUUUGGUUAUGGUUGAUGAGAUCCAUUCGUAUGCCCCUAUUCUUGGCUGUCAAGUGGCGGAUUUGGCAAACGAAGACACCCCGCAGUUGUAUUUGGCGUGCGGCCGUGGUCCACGAUCAUCGAUCCGGGUACUUCGGCAUGGUUUAGAGGUUUCCGAGAUGGCCGUCUCCGAACUGCCCGGUAACCCCAAUGCAGUAUGGACCGUGAAGAAACGCGUUGAUGACGAGUUUGACGCGUAUAUCAUUGUGUCCUUCGUUAAUGCCACGCUGGUACUGAGCAUUGGCGAUACGGUCGAGGAAGUGACGGACAGUGGCUUCCUUGGAACGACACCGACCCUGUGUUGCUCCGCACUCGGGGAUGAUGCCCUGGUACAGGUCUAUCCGGAUGGUAUUCGACACAUCAGGGCGGAUAAACGUGUGAACGAGUGGAAGGCACCUGGUAAAAAGACUAUCAUGAAGUGCGCCGUCAAUCAGCGGCAGGUCGUGAUUGCGUUGUCCGGUGGCGAACUCGUGUAUUUCGAAAUGGAUCCGACCGGUCAGCUGAACGAAUACACGGAGCGCAAAAAGAUGCCGAGCGACGUUAUGUGUAUGGCCCUGGGUUCCGUUCCGGCCGGUGAACAACGCUCGUGGUUCCUGGCGGUCGGUUUAUCGGAUAACACCGUGCGAAUCAUCUCACUUGAUCCGAGCGAUUGUUUGUCACCGCGAUCGAUGCAGGCUCUUCCAUCGGCCGCUGAAUCGCUGUGUAUCGUCGAAAUGGGAACCGGGGAUAGCACCGAAGAAGGGGCCGUGUCAACCGCUGGUUGCAUCUACCUAAACAUCGGUCUCACCAACGGAGUGUUGCUAAGGACAGUGCUGGAUCCGGUGUCCGGAGACUUGGCAGACACGCGGACCAGAUACUUGGGAUCGCGUCCGGUUAAAUUGUUCCGUAUUAAGAUGCAGGGUUCGGAAGCUGUUCUAGCCAUGUCCAGUAGAACAUGGCUCAGCUAUUACUAUCAAAAUCGAUUCCAUUUAACGCCUCUGUCGUACGAAACGUUGGAAUAUGCGUCCGGAUUCUCGAGUGAACAAUGUUCCGAAGGUAUUGUGGCGAUCUCUACCAAUACGCUGAGAAUUUUGGCGUUGGAAAAAUUGGGGGCAGUUUUCAAUCAAAUUACAUUCCCUCUGGAGUACACUCCGAAGCGGUUCCUGAUUCACAACGAAACUGGAAAAUUGAUUAUCAGUGAAACGGAUCACAAUGCUUACACCGAAGAAACGAAAAAUGUUCGGAAGAAGCAGAUGGCGGAUGAGAUGCGGGAAGCCGCUGGAGAAGACGAGCAAGAGCUGGCAAACGAAAUGGCCGAUGCCUUCAUCAACGAGGUUCUGCCGGAAGAUAUUUUUUCAGCACCCAAGGCUGGCACCGGAAUGUGGGCAUCCCAAAUUAGAAUCAUGGACCCGAUUAACGGGCAUACCUAUUCCAAAGUACAGUUGGCUCAGAAUGAAGCGGUUAUGUCGAUGGCUCUGGUGAGGUUUGCCGUUGACCAAAAAUGGUACGUUGUUGCGGGUGUGGCGAAGGAUCUUCAGAUGAAUCCAAAAAUAGUCAGUGUAGGAUUCAUUGAUGUUUACAAAUAUGAUUUCCACACUCAUCAACUGGAACAUUACCAUCGAACAGAGAUUGACGAAGCUCCUGGGGCACUGUGUGGCUUCCAGGGUCGUGUGUUGGCUGGAGUUGGCCGCGUGCUGAGAGUUUAUGAUCUCGGCAAGAAGAAACUUCUGAGAAAGUGUGAAAAUAAACACAUUCCCAAUCAAAUCGUAAAUAUACAAUCGAUGGGAUCGAGGGUUUUCGUUUCUGACGUUCAAGAAUCGAUAUACUGUAUCAAGUACAAAAGAGCAGAAAAUCAGCUGAUUAUUUUCGCUGACGAUACCCAUCCCCGAUGGAUCACAACGUCAACCCUGUUAGACUACGAUACAGUUGCCACCGCGGACAAAUUCGGAAACGUGGCAAUUCUCCGAUUGCCUCACUCCGUCUCCGACGAUGUGGACGAGGAUCCAACAGGCAACAAGGCACUUUGGGAUCGAGGCCUUCUGAACGGAGCGUCCCAGAAGGCGGAAAACGUUUGCACAUUCCACUUGGGUGAAACGAUCAUGUCUCUGCAGAAGGCUACCCUCAUUCCGGGGGGUUCCGAGUCAUUGAUUUAUGCCACGAUGAGUGGAACCGUUGGGGCGUUGGUACCGUUCACAAGCCGGGAAGAUUACGACUUUUUCCAGCAUCUGGAAAUGCAUAUGCGCAACGAGAACACUCCACUGUGCGGAAGGGAUCACUUAAGCUACCGGAGCUACUACUAUCCGGUGAAGAACGUGAUGGACGGAGAUCUGUGCGAGCAGUUCACCUCGAUGGAUCCUGCCAAACAGAAAAGCAUCGCUUCAGAUCUGGGUCGGACGCCGAACGAAGUGGCCAAGAAGUUGGAAGAUAUUCGGACGAGAUAUGCGUUCUAAAGAGGGUAUUUUUGAAACGAGAAAAAAGAUUUUUUAACACAUGAACAACGUACUGAGGAAGAGAGAGAAAAAUGUUUUACAAACAACUGAUGGUGAUGAUUCUUUUGGUGGAAAAUCAUGUUUGAUGAUGAUGGUUCAACUGAUUUAAAUAAAAAAUAAUUGAACAAGUUCACAAUCAAUCGAUGUUAACGAUUCCAAUGAAAGGUGUAAAAAAUAGCUAAACAAGUUCACAAUCGAUGGUUUUGCUGACUGACAUAUAAAUAAAUUCAAGAAGGUGAGUUUUGUUUUAAGUUUGUUAAUAACCUUCGCGAACAUUUUUUUUCACAAUGAUGAUUGCUUAAAAUUUGACCUUUGGACACCUAAAAAAAUAACCUUGAUUAAAACUACGUUUUACAAGCACUGAUUUCUGUUUAUGUACGAUUGUGACAUUUAAAAUUUUCUUAUUCUAAUGAAACUAUCGUUUUUCAACUUUUUCGCAAACGUCGCAUCAAAAACUUCUGUGUACAGCAAUUAGAUUUGCUUCUGGAUAAAACGUGCAUUUCAAUUCUAUUCCUCCAGAAGUGAUUCCUCAUCAUGCUGCGAAUAAUUCAUCUAAAUAUUCCUUUUACGAUAUUCUAUCCUGAGAUUUCGGAAUUCGCCGAUUUGACUGAAAACAGCGAUCAAGAAUCACGCACUAACAAAAGUUGCUCUGCUUUCCUCGUUUCUUCUGGAAUUUCUGUGUGAUGCGAUUAAGGGUCGUUAUCAAACUCCUCAACUUCUUCAUUCGUGACCGGUAUUAGUAAUUUAAUUUGUGAGCUAAAGUUUCACGUUGUAGUGAACAAAAAAUCUAUACACUAUACACAACACUAUACCUGUAAAUUAUUAUCUGCAAAUAUAAUAUAACGUACGUUACAUGUACGAAGAAGUCGGAA